AAGCUCGACAUUUUCAUUCAAACAUUUGAACCUCCAUUUCCAAAAUUUCCUCUGUUUCUUUUUUCGCUUCCUUUUUCAUUUUCAUCGUCACAGUGCGAAACAGGCCGAGCCAGAGGCGAACGGAGAUUUUCGAGGGAGAGAGAGAGGGGGGAUUGGCUGUAAUUGUAACAAGCAUUUUCUAUUUUUAGUUUUGAUUUUUGUGUUGUGCUCUCUCUCUCUCUCUUUCACUCUCUGUGAAACCAAUUGGACCCCAAAGACCAAAAGAUUUUGAAUUAGGGUUUAUGGGUUAUUAAAUUAUCACUUUUCUGCUUAUAUUGUCUUGAGUUGUCUCGCAUUUUCUUUCUCUGUCUCCGGCUCUCUCGGAUCUCUCCAGCUGUCUCAUCAAUGUGAGUGAUUCCCUCUUCUUUAUUCCUCAAUACCUUUGCAGACCACUCUUUGUUCUUAAAUCCCAAAUGUUCUGGCUUCGAAUCUGCUUUGUAAAUUUGAACUCCGAAGUGUUCAUUUAGAUAUUAAUUUUUUUUUUUUUUUUGGGAUGGUGUCAUUUUUCGUUGUCAUAUAUUUUAUAUUCGAGAACUAUCAGAAUGCCUAAUACUUUGAGCUAAUUCAAGGUGGAACAUUUGGUUACUUGAAAAAAAAAAACUUGGGUUAGGGUUAGCUUUUUAGUGUUUGUAGAUAUGAUCAAACAAAUACUGGGUAAACUACCUCGAAAACCCUCAAAAUCAUCCCAUAAUGAUUCGAACAAUGUCAAUGAUGGAGUGCUCAAUACUCAUUCGUCCUUGAACUUGUUCAGUGUACCGAAUUCUGUUAAUAGCUCGAAACCCACUUCAGCUUCUUCAAAACCUUCGAGUAAUGGGACUCUUGCUCCUCACUCGUUGAGUAUGAAUAAAUCGAAUCAAGGGAAAAAAUCAACUCCAGUUGCGGCUCAAGUAGGCCCUGUGCUUGCUUCGGGGGUGUAUGAGGCCUUGCCAAAUUUUCAAGAUGUUUCGGGUUCAGAAAAGCAGAGUCUCUUUAUUAGGAAACUCAAUAUGUGUUGUGUUACGUUCGAUUUCAUUGAUGUAGCAAAAAAUCUUAAAGAGAAGGAUAUUAAGCGGCAAACUUUGCUUGAGCUUGUUGGUUAUGUGACAUCAGUAACUUCGAAGUUCAAUGAGGUGGCAAUGCAGGCGAUUACAAAGAUGGUUACAGCCAAUUUGUUUCGAACACUUCCAUCUCCUAAUCAUGAUAAUAAGGCUUCAGAAAUGUAUGAUGCAGAAGAGGAGGAACCGACCAUGGAACCCGCAUGGCCUCAUCUACAGAUUGUAUACGAAUUUUUAUUGAGAUUUGUGGUUUCACCGGAGACAGAUGCCAAACUUGCUAAAAGAUAUAUUGACCAGUCAUUUGUAUUGAGAUUGCUUGAAUUGUUUGAUUCUGAGGAUCAAAGAGAAAGGGAUUACCUAAAAACAAUUCUACACCGCAUUUAUGGGAAGUUCAUGGUGCAUCGGCCAUUCAUUCGGAAAGCUAUCAAUAACAUCUUCUAUCGGUUCAUCUUUGAGACAGAGAAGCACAAUGGGAUUGCAGAAUUUCUUGAAAUAUUGGGCAGUAUAAUUAAUGGGUUUGCUUUGCCUUUGAAGGAAGAGCACAAGCUGUUCCUUGUCCGAGCUUUGAUUCCUCUUCAUAAGCCAAAAUGUGUAUCUAUGUACCAUCAGCAACUUUCAUAUUGCAUUACUCAGUUUGUGGAGAAGGAUGCCAAGCUGGCUGACACUGUGAUUCGAGGUCUUUUAAAGUACUGGCCCAUAACUAAUAGUUCCAAAGAGGUUAUGUUCCUUGGUGAAUUGGAGGAAGUUCUUGAAGCCACACAGGGACCAGAGUUCCAGCGCUGCAUGGUCCCUCUAUUUCGUCAAAUUGGUCGCUGCCUCAACAGUUCACAUUUUCAGGUAUCUGAACGUGCAUUGUUCUUGUGGAACAACGAUCACAUAAGAAAUUUAAUCACACAGAACCGUAAUGUGAUUCUGCCUAUAAUUUACCCAGCUUUGGAGAGAAAUACACGUGGUCACUGGAACCAAGCUGUUCAGAGUUUGACAUUGAAUGUGAGCAAAAUAUUUUCAGAUGCAGAUCCAACACUCUUUGAUGAGUGCUCAGUGAAAUAUGAAGAAGAUGAAGUCAAGGAGAGGGAGACACAGGAGAAGCGAGAAUCAACCUGGAAGCGCUUGGAAGAUGUGGCAGCCUCUAAGGCUGUAAGCAAUGAGGCUGUCCUUGUCUCAAGAUUUGUCUCUUCCAUUGCCAUUGCUACCACCACAAAGCCUUGGGCUACUGCAGGUAAUUGAGCCACUGGACAUCAUGUUGCAAGAGUUCGCCUUUCUCGGCUACGGGAACAAGAGCAGGCGGAAUCCCAUUGGUACAAUCCAAGGAUACUUUUGUUGGGUUUCUCCUAGUAUAUCAAGGAAAAAUGAAGUUGGGGUUUUGGGGAUAUUGCGGUUGGUCCUUGUUCUUGAGAUCUUGGCUCAUUCCUUUGUUCUAUUCCCCCAUCGAGAGUCUGUAUCAUAAGGGUUUCGUUAAAGAAGUUCGGAUACCUGUCUGAUUAUUACUUUAUUGUGUAAUGAUGUAAAGGAUGUUUCCUUUUGUGCCAUAGCCUUGUUUAUUUCGUA